AUGACAAGGACAACAAAUUUGACGGGAAGUGGAGCACAAACGAUUAUAUUUGAAGAACCGCAAUAUUUCUCCUUUUUGGUAAAUGAUUACAACAACAAUCAAUUUAUCUCCCAGCAGUUAACAUUCUCUUCUCCAUCACAGCAUCUCUUGGGAAUACUCUUAUCCUUGUUGCCCUUCACAAGGAAUCUUCCCUUCCUCAACCUUCCAAACUCUUUCACGGCGUUGUCCGGCAACAACUGAUAUGUUGGUUGCUCUUGUUACCCAGCCUCUUCAUGCUACUCAUUGGAUGUCUGUUGUUUACAGACACUAGAGAAUUUGUCGAUACGUUUUAGACACAGCACUAAGUACAAGCUGUACUUUAUGCGGAGUAUCUUUAUUGACGUUGACGGCAAUGAUCGUGGACAGACUUCUUGCCCUGUUGUUUGGGCUGAGAUGCAGACAGACAAGAUGUAA